GCAAUUUCUGUAUAGCCUCCAGAUGCAGCAUAUGCUAGUGGUGUCAUCCUAUCUUUAUCUUUGACAUUAGGAUCAAUGCUUUCUUUUGAGAGUAGUUGUAUAGCAAUAUCUGUGUAGCCUCCAGAUGCAGCGUAUGCUAGUGGUGUCAUCUCAUUUAUGGACUGUGCGUUCGGAUCAGCCUUCCCUGUAGCAAGCACCUUAUCCACAAGGGCUUUAUGACCACCCCAUGCAGCGUAGAGCAAUACAGCUUCUGCGCACGUGCUAGUCAAGCCGGGGAAGGAUUUAUCCAUAGUGACCAGUAGCUCUACAAUUUCAACCCAUCUAUUGUGUGCUGCGUAUCGGAGCAUACAGUUCCAAUUUUCGUCUGAGAGGGCACCCUCCUUGCAGCCCAAUUCAUAGAUUGCCUUGAUUAUGGGGGGUGCUGCGCACUCGACUGCCAGUGUCAACGGCGUCUUGCCGUUCUUGUUCAUGGCAUUGACAUUAACAGGCUGUAUUUCUAACAGUCGAUUGAAAACAAGCUCGUCAUUAAGCUCGAUGGCAGAGAAUAAGAGGGCAGAGAUAUCGGCAUUGUUUCUCGCUAUCAGUAUAUCAAACAUGUUCUCCCGUCCGUAUUCUAUGGCACAGCGUAGUAGUGUUACCUUAGCCCUAAUUCGAGCACUCGAAUUAAUCUGAUCCAUAGUAAGAAGUUUGAUGAACAUAGCUUCUCGAUCAAACUGAAUGGCGUAACGGAGCGCCAUAUCGAUCCAGGCUGUAG